AUGUCCCAGGUGAACGGCUCGCUCUCCCGACGUCACGACGCACCCCAUGGAGACCCCAGGCUGGGUCAGCCCCCCAGUCCGGUCCUGGAUUCAGCCUCAGCCCAAGACAAAUCCUUGUCUCCAUCUCUCCUGCCUGAACUGGAGGUAGCACCAUCCCCCCGCUUUUCAGAGGCAGCACUGGAAGAGGCCCUCCUAAAGGAAGAAGCUCCCCCUAUGCCCCAGGGUAAUGGACCAGGGCCCCCCCAGGCCUCAGAGAGCACUGAACUUGCCAUCUCUCCAGAAGCUGUGACAUGCCAGCCUCAGGGGCUUCCCUCUCCAAGGGGACUUCCUGGGUCCUCCAGCUUUACCCCGCUAUUGCCCAAUGGUGCUGGCCAUUCCCUGGAAGCGGGUGGCCCCAAGAGGUCAGGGAACGGCACACUGGGUGGCCCCAAAGCCCACCGGAAGCUGCAGCCACACUCAUCAUUCGCCAGCCAGGGCAGCAAGAAGAGCAAAGGAAGCACAAAGUCAUCGGCUUCCCAGAUCCCCAUUGAGGCUCAGGAAGACUGCUGUGUACACUGCAUCCUCUCCUGCCUGUUCUGCGAGUUCUUAACGCUGUGCAACAUUGUCUUGGACUGUGCCACCUGCGGCUCAUGCUCUGAGGACUCCUGCAUCUGCUGCUGCUGCUGCGGAGGGUCAGGGGAAUGUGCCGACUGCGACCUGCCCUGUGACAUGGACUGCGGGAUCAUCGACGCCUGCUGUGAGUCGGCCGACUGCCUGGAGAUCUGCAUGGAGUGUUGUGGGCUUUGCUUCUCCUCUUAGCCCCUGGCCCCAGGAGAGGUGCUGGGGGAGAGGGGAGACUGGGGGGAGGGCUGGCUCCCAACCCAAACUGCCAGCCCCCCCUCCCGACUCCCCACUACAAAUCAAGCUGCCUCCUUGCCAAGGAUUCAGUUGGGUCUGCCUUGAGCUCCAGACUGGCAGGGUGAGCAGAGACAACUCCAGUUUAGAGCCAGCGGAGA